AUGCUCACUCAGGAAGACGUCGUCCGCCUCCUCAGCAAGCCCGACCCGAUCCCUCAGCACGUCGCCUUCUCCAUCCUCCACGCCUGGGUCUACAGCAAGUCUCGUCGAGGCAACCUCCCGAGCGAGACCUUGUCCAAGCUCCUGUCGAUCCAGCGCAAGCUCCAGACCAAGCAGGGCCGCCCGCUCGUCGCCGGUGGGCCCAUCGCCGCCGCCCUCGACGCCAUGAAGCAGCAGCUCCUCGCCGUCAACCGCAAGUGGGUCACGAUGGGCGCCCAGGCGUUCGGCCAGCUCGGCACGAUCGGCAUGGCCGGCGGCAACAUUGACGCGACGUGGGCGUGGACCAAGGCGACCGACGGCAAGGUCAAGCUCACCGACGGCAAGAACGCCGCCAUGCAGUACUACGGCGACAUGGGCGCCGGCAUGGACGCAGGCCGCAUCGUCGAGCCGGCCUACGUCGACACGGCCGACCCGCUCGCGGCCGCCCUCGGCGCCCCGCCGGGCAGCAUGGCCGUCCCGCCGCCGCCGCUGUACGACGGCCCGCCGGGCCAACCCGACCAGGACGUCGUCGAGGCGCUCGACGAGCGCCGGCGCGAGGACGAGACGGGCGUCGCGGCCGAGGGGCGCGGGCCCGCAUGGCGCGACUCGGUCGACGAGGGCCGCGCGUCGGCGUCGCCGCCUGAUCCCGCACCGGCUUCGCUCGGCGCCGCACCGGCCCGCAACAGCAUUGACGAGGGCGCGGCGCACCUCGCGCGCCUUAGGGCACUCAAGGAGGAGCGUGAGCGCGAGGCGGCGGCGGCGGCGAGCGAGAAGCGGUGA